AUCAGCGCGGGGAGGUUGAGCCAUUUCACGGCGCGGCUAAUGUUGCUCCGACCGGGAAAACGGCCGCCGCGGGACUCGAACGCAAUUAUUAACUGUGCGGGGGAGAAAUUGAGCCGAGCCGUCAUAGAAAUUGUUCCAAGUCCGCGUUUGCUCCUCCUCGAUCUUUGUCAGCAUCAUCGCUCGAAGCAAUCAAUCAAUUGACGACUCGAAUCUCGGCUCCGGCGUCUUUGGGAUUCCAACAGCCGCUGUCUCAUUCCUCAGCUGCUGGCCUUUUGCGGGAGGCUUUCGCCGGAGGUAGUUUCAGGCCGUCGGGUGCGGUUUUCUGGAGCUCUUUCGAGGGUUUUUGAGGAAUUUGGCUGGUAAUUCUUGGGUUUGUCCAUGGCGUAAGGAGCUUUGGAGUUCUGGCAUUUUCUGGUUAGGGAUUGUCUCCGCCGGAAAUUUUUCCUUCUUCAGCUUCUUUUGAGUUCGAAGGUGGAUUUUUUCUGGGGGGAUCUUUGUCCAAGACUGUAACUUGCUUACUGUUACUGGCAGCUGCUUGUGCUUUUCCGACCGUGGUGCACUUUUCUAGGGUUUUAAGAAGCUUCUAUUUAGCCACUAGAGGUAUUGCAUUAGUACUGGUGAGUUCAUGGGACCAAAAUAUGGGAUCUUUUCUUCUUACAACUUCGUGAGGUUUAACUACUGUUGCCUUAACGAACAGUUCUGGAGCUGGUUUUCUUAAUGCUAUUGGAUGGGACUAAAGUUUUGAAUAGGGUUGGAGAUAUCUCCAUUUUCUUUUUCUUCCCCUCUAUGUGACUGGUGAUGAGAUUGCUGAAGUUGGUGCUGAGACGUUGUUAUUGUUAACUGCAUUUCGUACUUCAGUUGUCUAUUUCAAGUCAGAUUGUUUGAAUGGUUCCCCAGUCAAUGCGACCAAGGCAUAGUUUUCUUCUGCUGGGUGUUCAUGAACUAAUAUUAUGAACCUGUGUGGUUUUGCAGUUUGCUAAGUUCAUUGUAAGUUCAGAGCGAGAAGCUUCAUGUUGAGAAAUAUGGAAUCAGAUAACAGUGAUACAGACGAGGAUGUUCCUCCGCAACUACAAAACCGAUUCCAAAGUGGUAUGCGACCUGCUGGGAAUGGAAGAGCAGCAAUGGCUGGGUCUGCUCCCAUGCCAAGGCAAAAUGAUAUGGAGAUUCAAAUUCACAAUAUCGAACAAGAAGCCUAUAGUGCAGUCCUUCGGGCAUUUAAAGCUCAAUCAGAUGCUAUUACUUGGGAAAAGGAGGGAUUAAUAACAGAACUCAGAAAGGAGUUGAGAGUGUCGGACGAGGAGCAUAGGGAACUAUUAUCCAGGGUCAAUAAUGACAACAUGAUUCGAAGGAUAAGGGAGUGGAGGAGAACUAGUGGGUCCCAAUCAGAGAUGCCGAGCGGUGCGCAGCCUGUCCAUGAUCGUGCCCCUAGUCCCUCGGUUUCGGGAUCACGCAAGAAACAGAAAACAUCACAGUCGGCUGCUUCAUUAGCUAUGGGUGCUCCUUCUCCUGCAUUGCACCAACCAAUGCAAGCAUCAACAUCAGCCCUAAGGCGAGGGCCUCCCCCUCCACCUGGAUCAAGAAACAAGAAAUCCCAGCCAACCUUGCAGUACCCUCCUUCUAUCGGUAUGAAUGAAGGUGGAAGGACCCAGGUUGCUAACAGGAAUUCUGCAGGAGCAUUUUCAACCAAUGAGCCUGCAGCUCCUACAAGUCUAAAUCCAUUGGUUGGAAGAAAAGUUUGGACUCGAUGGCCUGAAGAUAAUAGCUUCUACGAGGCUCUUAUCACCGACUACAAACAAGAAGAAGGGACACAUGCUUUGGUGUAUGAUAUGAACACGAAGAAUGAAACAUGGGAAUGGGUCAACCUCAAAGAGAUACCCCCUGAAGACAUCAGGUGGGAGCAUGAGGAUGAAUCCAUUUUUGGUAAAGGCGACCGACCUGGACAUGGUCGGGGGAACAAGAAGCCCAUGAUGCGUGGUGGUUCUGCUGCUGCUGCUGCUGCUGCUGGGCCUGGACGAGGUAGAGGGAACACUAAAGGUCCGAAAAGGGAGUUUCCUCUACCACAGAAUGGCACUGGGAAAAAGGCUUUGGGUGAUAUCGAGAUCCUUCACACUGAGACACUAAUCAAGGAGGUGGAAAAAGUUUUCGGCGCUAACCUUCCUGAUCCUACGGCUAUUGAGAAAGCGAAGAACGUGCUCAAAGAACAUGAACAAGCUCUUGUAGAUGCAAUCGCAAGGCUUGAAGAUGCUUCUAAUGGUGUAAGUGAGGAUGGAGGGCGGCAGUUUCCCCAUGGGCGGUUGGAGCAAGAGCAAGGUUGGAGGAAACAGAUACAACAAUGAAUUUGGCGGCAGCGGUAGGGAGAGUAGUAGAGGUCCAGAUGGUCAGGGAGGGUAAAGUUUUCUUUUCCUUGUUUUUUGAGGGGUGAUGAUGAUGAUGAUGAUGAUGAUCAGUUCUGUUUGUAACAACCCAUCUGUGUAUGAUAGAAUGCUCUAAUCCUAAAACUAGGCCAAAGUACAACAUGGCUGUUACUAACUUAAAAUAGCCCAUCGGAUGGUGAGAGUGUAGCCUUUUUGUUUCAACACCCUUUUGUCAUGUAUAUUACUCUCAGCUGUAGACCUGUAGUAGUACCCAAAUUGUGAUGUCCUCAGGUGUCUUAGAUUGUUUGUGUUUUUGCCAACUGAUUAGAGAAUGGAAGAAAAGGAUUUGCCUUUCUGUUUGUUACCCAGUUUAAGUUGGCUUGUGCUUUAAUGAGCUUUCUUACCCUCUUUUUGUGCUUUGCAGUUGAGGUAAAAUUGGUAACCUCUUUCCCGUUAGAACAAGAAAUCUUACAUGAAUGUCGUUGAUGGCUUUCGGUGACAUUAUUUGAGUAGCAAAUGUCCUUUUAUAUGAACAUCAUUGAGAAUUGUGAGAUAUAUUUAUAACAUAAUGUUUACCUAAAGUAGUGCCUAUUUGAAUUACUCUAAUUCAUUUUGAAAUGAAAUCUUUUUGUAUAUAGUAAUUAAAAGAAUUCAUUGUUAAUUCUUAAUUUUAAACUCUACCAAAUUGAAAUCAAAUCACAUCUCGAACCAGAGAUAAACAGCUCAAUAGCAUUUCUGCACUUAAGAAGUUGUUUUCAGAUCCAAGUCCCUACUAAAGAGGUUGAAAUGCUCCAAAUACUUCGGGUCUUGAUUCUGUAUUUAACCAUUCAGGUUACUCAUAAAGAGUCACUAACAGCGAAUAUAUUCCAGAUAUAUCCCAAAUGUCUUUGCUUAUGUUUGGCCCGGCUUUUAGAAGUGCUUUUCGGCUUCAAAAGUUGAAGCAGAGCCAAACACCUCUAAAAGCUCGGCUUUUGAAAAGCCGAAAAGCGUUUUUGUAUAACAUAAAAGCAGAAGCUCCGAUUUGGAGCUUCUGCGAAAAGCUGUUUUGAAAAUACAAGAUUAUCCUUACCAUAUUAUAAUUUUAUUUCAGAAAAUAUAAUUUUCCUUCAUUUAUAUCAUUUUAAAAAUAAAAUAAAUUAUAAAAUCAUAUUAUUUAAUAUAAAAGAAAUCUAACA